AUGAAGCUUAAAAAAGAGGAAGAAGAGAAGAGGAGAAUGGAGAGGGAGGAAAAGAGGAUGAAAGAAGAGGAGCAGAAGAGGAUGAAGGAUGAAGAGGACAAAAGGAUAAGGGAAGAGGAGACAAAAAAGAUGGAGGCAGAGAGGAAAAGAAUGGAGGAAGAAAGAAAAAUAGAAGAGAUGAAGCGUAAAAAUGAGGAGGAGAAAAAGAGGAAAAUGGAGAUGGAGGAAAUGAGGAAGAUGAGGGAAGGGGAGCAGAAGAGGAUGAAGAAUGACGAGGACAGGAGAAGGGAAGAGGAGACAAAAAGGAUGGAGGCAGAGAGGAAAAAAAUGGAGGAAGAGAUGAGGAGGAAGAAAGAGGAAGAGAGAAAGAUAGAAGAGAUGAAAUGUAAAAAUGAGGAGGAGGAAAGGAGGAGAAUGGAGGAGGAAAGACACAAGAUAAUAUUGGAAAAAAAGCAGCUGGAGGAUGAAAUCAGAAUGAUAGAGGAAGAAGAGAGAAAAAAGAAAGAAGAGGCAGAGAGGAGAGAGAGGAAAGAGGAGGAGGAAAGAAAAGAGUUGAAGGAGUCAAGGAAGAAGAUGGAGAGAGAUAAGAGAAAAGUGGAGGAAGAAAUUAGCCUGAAGAAGAAAGAGGAGGAAGAGAGAGAAAAGAAGGAAGAGGAAAAUGUGAGAAUAGAGAAGGAGAUGAAGGAAGAGGAGGUGGACGAAAACAAGAAAGAGGUGAACAAAAAGACAGAGGAAGGAGGAAGACUCAAAGAGGAGAGCAAAGAGAGAAUGGUGCAGGAAAAGGAGGUGAAGGUGGAGGAUGAAGAAAACAGCCUGAUGGAUGAAAAUGAGAAAAAGAAUAAAGAUGAAACAGAAAACACUUUGGCCUCACAGCGAGGAGACGGCACCACCUGGACCUCCUCCAGCUCUGGUCCUUUACACAGUGAGUCCACAACCAGUCCCACCAGUACUGAAACCAGACCACCACAACAUGACCCAGAGGAGAACAUCAGUCAGACCUCCACAGAACAAACUGUGGACUCCACUGUGUCUGUGUUUUCAACCGUGUGUCUCCCAGAGCACACAGAGAGGAAGAGGCUGUCAUGGAUGAGAGACUGUGUCCCCUGGUCCAAACUGUCCCUCCGGAACAGGAGGAAGCAGAAAGGUUCUGUCCGGGGUCGGAGAGGGCCGAGAGGAGCUGCUGAGGCUGGCAGUCUGCCUCCUCUCUGUCCACACUCUCUGCUGCGGGCCACAGGCUGGAAAUCCCUGCAGGAGGUGACCACAGUGACCCUGGAGGACUUACCUGGCUGUAACUUAUCCACUCUCACUCAGUGUUCUCAGCUUCGGUCCCUCACGCUCAGACACUGCGGCCUCAGAUCUCUGGACGGCAUCAAGCAAUUACCACAACUCUGCUACAUCGACGUACAGGAAAAUUACAUCUCAUUUGUCAACUGUGAAAAUAUGACCAGUUUACGGGUUCUUCAUCUCAGCCACAACAAGCUGACGUCCAUCCACGGUUUAACUGGUGCUGAAAAUUUGGAUGUUCUGGACCUCGCACACAACUCCAUCACUCGCAUUGCUGGUCUGGAGUCUGUGAGGAGACUGCAGAGGUUGUCAGUGGAUCACAACCAGCUGAUCAGCACCAGAGGACUGAGGGACAUUUACACUCUCCUGCACCUGAACCUCUCACACAACCACCUGGCAGGUGUGGAGGGGCUGGAAAACAGCGCUCUGCUCCACACACUGGACCUGAGAGCCAACAACCUGAUGGAGCCCCCGAAUCUGAACAACCAGGUUCUCCUCAGAGAGCUGCAUCUCGACGACAACAGCAUCUCCUCCCUGCAGAGCCUCACUGCGUGCUGGCUUCCACUCAUGCUACAUCUCUCUGUGGCCCAAAACAGAAUUACCCAGCUGCCCUCCAUGUCUGAUUCUGUGUCCCUCACAAAUCUGGAUCUUCGAUUCAACUGCAUGUCAGAGAUCCAGAACGUGUGUGAGAGUCUGGAGGGAUGUCAGUUCCUGCGAGAGGUCCACCUCACGGGGAAUCCUCUUCAGCAGGAGACGGGCUGGAGAUCCACUCUGCAGAAAGCAGUACCCGGCCUGAGGCUCAUCGAUGACCAGCAGACAGACUCUGUUCUGACGCCCCCUGUUGUUCAGCAGUUCAGCUCGGCUUCAGGCAGCUUCCUGAUGUUCUGCCAGGCUCAGCUUCAGCAGACUCAGGAUUUACAGCAGCGGCAUAGCAGGGAGCUCAGUGAUGCCUCAUCUUCCCUGGAUGCUCUCAAGACCUCCUGCAGACAUUCCAGUGAGACUCUGCAGCUGGCUGAGGACCAGAGAUUUGCCCAUGAAUAUGGUGACACUACUGUGACUGAUAAACACAGAGCUACAAGCCAAACAGCACCUGAGGACACACCUGACAUGGACCAUAACAGCACUGAGAAGAGUACUGAGCUCCCAAGAAUGGAGUCCACUGGAAAAGUUCCACAAUUCGUCCCACACGGGGACGGUCGCAGCUACUGGAGCUCUGAGGAGAAGUCAGCUGCAGAGAGUCAACAUAACGGAUUCCACUCUGUUACAGCUGGUCCAAAGACAGGGCUGACAGUAGGCAAAGCUAACUCUGGCAGCGUUUACUCAUCUGCAACGAGGGGAAAGACAUCUUCCUCCAGUCUUGACAUGGUGCCUGUGUCCAACCAUCAAAACCUCCAAAGCACAGCAGCAGUCGUGAUUCAGCAGCUGUGGAGGAAAUAUAGACAGAAAUGUGGGAACUCCAGCAGCUCUUCCACAGCUGAGAAGGGAGGAGGAAGAGGAGGAGAUGGAGGAAAGCCAGAGUCAGGACCUUCCUAUAUUAACGGGAGCGUCGUUGGCAAGGAUUACGCAGCAACUGUCAUCCAGGCGUUUUGGAGGGGCUUCACUCUGAGGAGGAGGCUCGCAUCUGCUCUGGCUGCGGUCACAUGCUCCGACUCCGGAGAGGACAACACCUUUGAAGAGGUGGAUGUGGAUGAAUUUGUCUUUGAUGAGGCAGUGCUGGAGAAACAAUGGAUGCUGUCGCUUUCUGAGGACUCACCUCCCAGACGUUAUCCUGUGUCUGAGCAGCGGCCAUCUGUAAAGCCUCCUGUGCACUUUUCUGAACCCUCCCAGUACAUCCUCCCCCCGCCGGCUGUACAGAGGCCAAAACAGGCCUGGGUGUCUGGAGAACAGGUGGACUCUGCAGGGCGGAGAGUUUCUCCAGAGAGCUCCAACAGAAGCAAAUCUCCUGCUUCAGCGUCGGUGCUCAGCGGUCUCUCUGAGAGAUCAGAAAAGAUUCUGGAAGAAUGGGGUUUCACUGACAGUAACACGGCUCUUCUGAUGCUCAAGAGGGCUCAGAAGAUGAAGCCAACGAAGCAGAAGAGACGCAGGGAUCCCUCCGUCCGUCUUGCCAUGUUCAGAAACUGCAGUUACCAGCUGGGUCCGGUGGAGGCUCGAAACAGGCCGGCACAACACAACAGGAAUGAUAUAAAAGUUGGUGAGGCUGAGCCGGGCCUUCAGCAGGCGGAGAAGGUGGAGCGAGUGAAGCAGGAACGAGCUCAGCAGUGGCUGCAAACCCAGGCUGCUCACUCUGACAGGGACUCAGAGAGUGUGCAUUUCUUACCGGAGAUCAGCUCAGACGUUCUGAACGGAGGCAGAGUGCAGCUCGUGGCCGACCCAGGAUACACAGAACGCCGACAUCACGCCAGAGGAUUGUGGGCCAACAACAGUUUAGCUGCCCAGCCUUGCAGAGAGAACAGUUAUCCUCGCAGAAACUCUGUGGGUUGUGCAAGGAAAGAAGUUCCAUCUCCUCAGCGAGUGAUGUCUGCUCCGUCCAAAAAGGAGCGCAUCUCCUUCCGAGACAACCCUGUUGAGCUGAGCAGCGGCUGGGGAGGGGGCAAAAAGAGGGACAAAGUGUACAAGUAAAACACAAACGCUUCCACGACCACGUCAUCUAACCAACAGCAGAGCAACUUAAGGGCAGAUACGUUUAUAUUUCCCUCUCCUGAUCCUGACAAAGAACGUGGCAUUUUCAAAAUACAUGUUUAUCUAGUUCAGGAAAUCAUAUUUAUUCUUUCUUUGGCUGCAGUAUAGUGCUAACAGCCUGUGUUGGGGUAUUAACAUGUAUUCAGAUGUAAUGACUCAGGAUUUAAACCAAUAGAUUUCAGUCUCACAAGCUUAUUUUUUUCCGUCCAUGAAGACGACUCUGUAUUUUUAUUUUUAAUGCUAUUUUAUCGCCUGCCCCGAAUCCGCCUGCAGCUGUUCUUCUCAGCUGAAAACUCGAGCUCCCUGUCCUGAAAAUUAAUUAAGACCAAUAGGACCUGGACCAGCCCAAAUAUCUUCAGGCACUUCCAUUCUGUUGAUUCAGCUCGAGUAUCACCGCCUGAACGUGAUCGCAGCCAACCAGCACCAAAACACAUGGAACAAAAUGACACGCUUCAUAUGCAAAUGAUGGCAGGAAAUCAGAACCAGGACCUUUAAUACCUGCGGACUCAUGUUUCUCUGGAUGCUGAACUGUUGUUUCUGUGCUGACAAAAAAAAAAAAGGUAAUUAUAGUUUGUAUCCAUGGGAAGAGACUUGCUUUUUCCACUUCUCCUGUGCUCUCUUAAGAGUAAAGUUUAAUAAGCCCAGAGAUUUUAGUGCAAUUUCCCCAUUAUGUGGCUAAAUUUAGCUCCGGCUCGCCAACAGUGGGCUUGAAAUUACUGCUUUUAUGAGCUGAGCACAAACAUUGGUGUUAGAAUUAGAACGAUGUUUUCUUUAUUUUCAGUCGUGGAUUAUAAUGGCCUUGUCUGUGUAUUUGAAUUUGGAGAGCUAAGGCGUCCGUCUGCAAACACUGCCCUACCGGAGGCGGUGAACCUCAGGUUUGGAGGUUCUUCGUUGCUCCGCCGCCUGGAAAUGAUAACUUAAUGAAUGUCAAAACAAAUAGUCAGAGCUGCAGAGUGGCUCCCUGGCAGGAAAUGCACGUCUGCCUAUUUAUUUUCCUCCUAUCUUUCACUUGCACAUGUCUGGAGGGUGUGUUUUGACUGUACGCGAGCUGAUGGGGGAUUUUUGUCUUGGAGAGCGGCGUAUGCCAGAGAUGUGGUGGUCCUGCCCACUCGGGUGCUGUUGUGAAACCCAAGAGCGCCGUCCUCCUUCAGGGGGAGACUGAUUCUCUGGGCUCUCUGGGGGGCGUCAGGGGGGGUUUUCUCUGUCAUCAAACUGUCGUUCCACAGCUGUGGGCCUGGAGAGUUCAGAUUUUUUAUUGCACAUACAACAUGAACAGACAGGUGACAGAAAAGCACAAUGAGAAGUGCUGUCGCUAGUGUUGUUUUGUUUGACACAAGUUCAGAUUAGCUCAGGCUCUCAGAGCUCUGCUCGACAACUACUGCUUCUGAAAUGAUAUUGUUAAAGCAUCGUCCAGCAGUCUUCAUUAGAUUUGUUUAUUUUUGGGUUAUGGGUAAAUUAUAUGUAACUUAAGACAUCCAAAAUUCAUUGCCUGGUGAAAUGAGUGCUUCACCGCACAUUUAGAUAAGAUGAAAAAUGUCCCUCUCAGCUCAGUCUGCCCUGCCAGCCUGACCUCAAGUCAGCAAAUGCUGUCAGAUGGAGUCUGGCUGAGAGAGGUUUGGUAUCUAAAUCUCUCCAAGUGCUCUCUUUAAGUGCAUUAAGGAACCAUAACUGUGUGCCUGCAGGUUUUAGCUACAGAUUUUGCAUACUAUCAUUUUUGCUGACCAUUUUUGAAAGCACACUGUACAGUUUUAGAUUUUUGUAAACAAUUUCAGCCUCUGGUUUCCAUUCAUUUCUGUUUAAAAAUAAAUCAGCAGACUCGA